AUGAUCUUGGCGCCUACCCACGAAGAGGAAGUCACCAAACUCAUCGGUUCCGAAAUUGACAGUGUCAAAUCAUUGCCUGUUCGUGUCUAUCAGAUUGGUCGCAAGUUUCGCGAUGAGCCUCGUCCACGAGCUGGACUUCUCCGUACCAAAGAGUUUCUCAUGAAGGAUCUGUAUACCUUUGAUGCCACUGCCGAAGAGGCGACUUCGACAUAUGCUGAUGUUCGACAGGCCUAUCAUAAUAUAUUCCAUCGGAUCUUUAAUUGGUCGCAUCUUCCGUCCCUUCCAGCUCGACCAACGUGGAUUGAGGUGUGUUUGUUUGUAAUACUGACGCAGGCGGCUGCUGAUUCCGGAUCAAUGGGCGGAAGCUUUUCCCACGAAUAUCAUGUCGAGGACAGCGCCGGCGAAGACACCCUCUUUUCCUGCGAUCACUGCUCGUAUGCAUCGAACCAGGAUGCAAUUCGCUUGGCUCGUGUAGGAGACACGUGUGCUUCUUGUGGCGUGGGGCAUCUGCAAGAACAUCGCGCUAUUGAGGUGGGCCAUACCUUUUUAUUGGGAACAAAAUACUCUGCGGCUCUGGGCUAUGGUGUUGUUCCCAGGUCUGUUGGAUCUGGCAGUCAGAAAAAGGAGCCCUUGCAGAUGGGUUGUUAUGGCAUUGGAGUGACGCGCAUCCUUGGCGCUUUGGCACAAACUAGUAUGAAUCUCUUCCAUGCCCUUCAGUCAAGCCAAAACAGCAAGACACGCGCGCGGGAGGGAUUUGUCUGGCCUUCUGGUCUAGCACCAUUUUCAGCCCUAGUCCUUCCGGCAUCACACAAACAGAUGGAGGCUGCACUGAAGCUGUGCUCACAGCUUGCAUCCGGUUUUGAGCAAGGCGACUCAUCUCAAACGAAUAUCCAAGUUCCUCUUAACGAUAUUGCUCUCGACGACCGCGUUGGCCAAUCGCUCGGCUCUCGCUUGUUUGAUGCGGAUCUGCUGGGAUACCCCUAUGUGUAUGUACUCGGAAAACACUUCGACAAGACGGGUCAAGUGGAAAUCCGACAAGUUGGUCAAGAUGUGCAAUAUGCCCCACUAGUGUAG